GAUCCUGACAUGAAUGAAUCAUGAGUAUAUUUAUUUUAAACAAUUCUACAAGAAUAAUUACCAGAUUUGAAGUGAUACCUACAUUAAAAGAAGUGAUAAUUAACUAUACUGUAUAUGAAAAAUGAUGAAACUGAAGUUUUAAAAUGUAUUCGAAGAAAUGGGCUAUCAGCUCUUUUAUCUGUUUUAUAUUUUUGUGGAAUAUUGCCCUAUUAGAAAACACGAAUAAAGUGACGAAUUCAGCAGACAAUGCUCAUGUAAAGAAUUCAAAUGAUUCGACGGACGCAGUAAAACAUGGACCAAAUCUAGGACCCAAACAAGGGGAGAUCAAUGCCACAACAUCAGCUCCAUCAAGUAACCAUAGUAUCACUCCAGCCGAUUCCAAUAAUUCAAAAAAUCCCACUGAUAGUACACCAAUAGAUAAAAAUAUUACUAAAACUACUACCAUUUUGAAUGUUACAAUUCAUAAUGAUACAACCACUCAUGAAACAAUUGAUCCUGUACCAGUCUUACCAGCUAAAGAAUCUGCAGAAGAUGAGCAUAACAGCUCUAUGGCAAUAUUUUUUGUAUUAUGUGUUCUAGCACUAGGAAUUCUACUGAUACAUCUGAUGCUCCAGACCCAUUUUCAGUAUGUUCCAGAAAGUGUAGUUAUAGUGUUUCUUGGAGCUCUAAUAGGUCUCAUUAUGAAUGCUCUAUCAAGCAGAAAUAUAAGCAACUGGAGAAAGGAAGAAGCAUUCUCACCAACAGCUUUCUUUCUGAUUCUUCUACCACCCAUCAUAUUUGAGUCAGGAUAUAACUUGCACAAGGGUAACUUUUUUCAAAACAUAGGCUCCAUAUUAGUGUUUGCCAUUCUUGGUACUACCAUAUCUGCUUUUGUGAUAGGAUUUGGAAUAUAUUUUCUUGGCUUAGCUGAUGUUGUUUAUAGAUUAGGAUUUGUUGAGUCAUUUGCCUUUGGGUCCCUGAUAUCAGCUGUGGAUCCUGUAGCUACUGUUGCAAUUUUCCAUGCCUUGGAUGUUGAUCCCAUUUUGAACAUGUUAGUGUUUGGUGAGAGUAUUUUGAAUGAUGCCAUUGCUAUUGUCUUAACUAAUGCAGCUCUUGAAUCUAAUAACCCAGAUAUGAAUACUGGAGAAGCUAUUGUUCUGGGUAUUCAGAGAUUCUGUUUGAUGUUCUUUGCUUCUGCUGGCAUAGGGGUGUUGUUUGCCCUUGUGAGUGCAUUGUUGUUGAAACAUGUUGACUUGAGGAAGAAUCCGUCCUUGGAAUUUGGAAUGAUGUUGGUGUUUACAUAUGGCCCAUAUGUAUUAGCAGAGGGUAUCCAUCUUUCUGGAAUAAUGGCAAUAUUAUUCUGUGGUAUAGUAAUGUCCCACUAUACUCAUUAUAAUCUCUCCACAGUUACCCAAAUAACUAUGCAGCAAACACUUCGAACUCUUGCAUUCAUUGCUGAAACUUGUGUUUUUGCCUACUUAGGUUUGGCCCUGUUCAGUUUCAAACACAGGGUAGAACCAGCCUUUAUAGUGUGGAGCAUCAUUUUAAGCUUGAUAGGCAGAGCUUGUAACAUUUUUCCUCUGGCUGUCUUAGUCAAUAGAUUCAGGGAACAUCAAAUCACCAAGAAGAUGAUGUUCAUCAUGUGGUUUAGUGGCCUGAGGGGGGCCAUCUCUUAUGCUCUAUCUCUCCAUCUCAACUUCAGUGAUGAAACUAGGCAUGUUAUCAUAACCACCACUCUGAUAAUUGUACUGGUAACUACACUCUUCUUUGGUGGUUCAACUAUGCCCCUACUGAAAUUCAUGCAAGCCACAAAGAAUCCUUCCAGACGAUUGAAGAAGAGGAAGAAAGACAGAGAAGUCACUUUGAGUAAAACCAGAGAAUGGGGACAAGCUUUGGAUUCUGAACAUUUGUCUGAGACUACUGAAGGAGAAAUGGAGGUCUCAUUUAUAUCCAAUAGAAUAAAAGGAUUUGCAAAGUAUGAUCUGAAGUAUCUGAUACCCUUUUUCACCAGAAGAUUCACUCAGCAGGAACUGAAGGACUGUAAGAGUCAAAUGACCGAUUUGACUAACCAGUGGUACCAAGCCAUAAGGAUAUCUCCAGAUCAGUCUGACGAAGAAAGUGCCAAUACAGGAACUACCGGAAGGUCUAGCAUAUCUAGCAUAGUUCGCUGACUGCUGAGUAUUUUUCCGAGUUUUCCUUCAGGAAAAUCAGCGAAUAAAAUUGAGAAACAGUAUUG